AUGGCCAAGCUACAACCACAACAUUGGCUGGGCAAUCUUUCAACACCACAGCAAUGGCGUCAUUUAUUACGAGCGACACUGCGCGAAUGUACCUACCUGCCUGAUCCUGUCGCUCGCACCUACAUGCGAGAACAUGUGCUCUCCAGAUAUCGUGCAGUAUCCUCCCGUCACUCCAAGGCUGGUCCUCAGAUGGUACAUGCGGCACGAAAUGGUCUCUCAGUUUUACAACGCGCAAAUGAAGGCUACUCGCGACCCCUCGAGAAAAUACUCUAUCUAUCAUACGGUCGCACGGGGAAACGGCGACAUGAGAUGCUGGCAGAACUUCUAAAGCCCGAAAACCCCGGAAUCCCAAAUGAUACCCAAGCAGCCAAAGAGCUCAUCUCUGCGCCUCUCAAAUUCCAUGACGGCUGGCAACCUCCAGCUAUCGUGAGGAGCCUAGCCCUCUCUCAUGUGAGAAACCCAGUAAUUACAUCAAGCCGAGUCAGACCUUUGAUCAAGGCUGUAUCACCGCCAAUCCCGAAGCAGGAUAUUUGGGGCAAGGAAUUGGCCCAGUCUCGAAAAGUGAAGAUCCGAAAACAUUGGUAUUUUGCCACGUUGAAUAGCCUGUUGCCGCCAUUGCCAGAAGAGGAUCUCCGCACGCUUGACGGGCUGGUCUCGGGAACCACGCCCUGGGAGCCUGUCAAGAGGAGAAAGGGCGUAAAGUCCGAGGCCAACGCCAGGUCAGAAAGCGCAGUCUUGAAGCUGCUUGUCAAGGGUCCUGAGAAGGAAAAUACCUUUGCAGACUAUGCCAACGGUCGACCCCAUGUUAUCACAGCAAGAUUUAUGCGUCGGCUAUGGAGACGGAUUUCUGCGCUUGUGCCUCGGCAAUCUUGGAAUGAAGUUUCUCAAAAGUGGCGCUUUGAGUGGGAUACGCCAAAGCUGAUCCCAACACUGUCCUAUAGCCUGGACAGUAGGAUCGACUCGGGGGCUUUCUUCGAAGAGCCACCCAAACCCUUCCGGGGGAAUGCAAAGAAACCUGUGCGGGGUGAACAGCCACUCCCACAGUAA